GAGUGUGUGGAUUAUGAAUUGCAGACUGUAGUUUGUUGUUGAAGAAGAUAGUUUUAGCCAAGGAAACAGCAGGGUGGAAGGUUGCUAGGAGCUCCUUGUAUACUUCCAGGUUCAUGAGAGUCUUUGAUUUUUACCAUUGUCGUUCUGCAGCCUGGAGUUUGCUCCUGUAGCUAUGUAGUACAUCUGAUAGCCAUGGAGUGAAACUGGGGUGUUCUGGUCUGGAUGUUAGAGGGCAGAGAGUCUAGAGAGGACAAUAAGGUUGAUAGGAAGACAUUGGCAGCAUUGUCUGUUGAUGGCUCAGAGAAUUAUGCAGCAGAGGAGAGGGAAGUGGGUGAGAGAGAUUUUAGGUUGUGGUGGAAAGUGACAGAGGGUGCAGAAACAGGAGAGGUGAUACUGGGCUGGAAGGAGAUGACAAAAUAAUCAGAGACAUGCAACGGAAUAACAGAAAGGACAGGACAGCCACAGUUUCAAGAGAACACCAGGUCAAGGUCAUGGCGUACUCUUCAGCACCUUCAUCAGCAUCAGCUAGUGCUCAGUACAUCCUGGGGGUGGACAUGGGCACAUCCUCAGUCAAAGUGGUGCUACUGGAGACAUACUCAAAGACUGUGACUGACAGCUGCUCUCUGCCUACGCAUGCUGACAUCAGCGGCAGACAUACACUUGCCAUGGAGCAGGACCCUCUAAAAAUUAUAGAUGCUUUAAAUCAGUGCGUUGCUUCGUUACCUAGAGACAAACUCAAAAAAGUCAUCAGAAUUGGGGUGUGUGGACAAAUGCAUGGAGUCAUGUUUUGGAAAGCAAAAACAGCCUGUUGUUGGGAUACCAAGGAUGGUAGCUGCCUGUUCUGGCCCAAGGACGUGAGUCAGCUGGUUACCUGGCAAGAUGGCCGAUGCAGCAGCGACUUCUUGUCCUCGCUUCCACAGCCCAACUCUCACCUUAGCGUUGCCACUGGCUUCGGCUGUGCCACCAUCUUUUGGUAUCUUACAUACAGGCCUGAGUUUUUGACUAAGUUCACUGCAGCAGGAACCAUCCAUGAUUAUGUGGUAGCUAUGCUGUGUGGUUCAGAAAAAUGCUUAAUGUCCACCCAGAAUGCAGCUAGUUGGGGAUACUUCUGUACUCACACCAGUCAGUGGAACAUGGACAUCUUAAAAGACUCUGGCUUCCCUGUGCAUCUGCUCCCGGAACCUGUGCCAUCUGGCUGCCGCGCAGGCUUCACCAGCACCGAAUGGCAUGGGAUCCCUGCAAAGACUGCUGUGGCAGCAGCUCUGGGAGACUUGCAGUGUGCUGUUUAUUCCUGCAUGACAGACAGGACAGAUGCAGUUCUGAACAUCAGUACUUCUGCCCAACUUAGCUUUGCGAUGCCAACAGACUUUGUCCCUCCUGCUGAACCUGACCCGCUCUUGCCAGUGUCCUACUUCCCAUACUUUGAUGGUUACCUAGCAGUUGCAGCUUCUCUUAAUGGAGGCAAUGUAAUGGCUACCUUUGUGGAAAUGCUGAUUGCAUGGAUGAAAGAACUAGGUGUAGACAUGGAUGAUUCUACUGUUUACGUGCAGUUGAUUGAAGCGGCUUUAAAUCAGGCCAGCAGUGACCUGGAAGUGAGGCCUACCAUUCUUGGUGAAAGACACAACACCAGCAGCUUGGGGCUGGUGUCCAACAUCACAGGGUCCAACAUCUCCUUGGGCCACGUGACCAGGGCAGUUUGUCGGGGUAUCAUACAGAAUAUAAUCACUAUGCUGCCCCCCCAAUCCCUGCUAGAGACAGGGGUGAAGAGGAUCAUGGGAAGUGGGAGUGUUCUGGCUCGCAACAAGGUUCUCAGACAGGAAGCAGAAAGAGCUUUCCCACUUCCAAUAAAUUAUGGUAAAGAUGUAGAUUCAGCAGUUGGGGUUGCCAUGGUUUUCUCUGAUAGAAUGUGAAUGGUAAAAUAACUAAGUACAAACUUCAGAUGUAUUAUGUUAAUUUCGUAUGUGAUGAAAUCAUAUGCUUUAUUGGAUCUGUAUUUAACAAUAUUGACAUGUUUAAUUUAUGAGGGUAAGUAUCAAGAAAGAACUGAUUUUUCUGGGUAGAGAAAAACCUGAGCACAUUUUACACUUGUAAGGAAGCUUUUAACUUAUGAAAACUUCUGUGUUUAUGAAAUGAUUAUUGAUUAAGUGGUAUACAUACAGCAUGUGUAUCAAUUACAGUUUCUUUGGACCUAAACAAUUUUGAUUGAAUGAUCUUUUUAAUCAUGAGUAUCAGUGUUAUGCAAAGGGACAAAAUACUGUAAAAUGUGUAAAUGGUAAAUUAUAUGUUAGUGUAAAUUGCCUUGAACAAAUUUUGAACCAAUGCUGAAAUGCAUUUUAACGAAGUAAAAGCUGUUCAUGCAUACUCACACUCAUACUUCUCAGCUGACUUUAAAAGAACAAAUGCAACUUUCCUCUUAUUUUUAUUGAAGGUUUAUACUGAACUUAAAACCUCUCUUCUUAGAUUUAAAGUGAUCAACUGAAUUUCGUGAGAUGAAAACAAAUAAAACCCCAAACUGCUGGAUUGAAAAUUAUAAUUUUUUUCCCUGGAAUGAGACUUGUAGAAGAUGUAAUGCCAUGAGCUAAUAUGUAGCUGCAAGAAAAAGUUUGCAAACCUUUUGCACUUAACCUAAAUUAUUGCAUUAAUAACUCAUAAAAUAUGAUCUGAUGUUCAAGUGAGCAUUUUUCUAGCAAUUGUACUUGCUCCUUUUUUUGACAAGAAGUGUUUUUUUCACAAUUUGUGCACCCAGGUUUUUCAAUGCAUAAAUAAAGUUGAAAUGAAGUAAUAUCA